AGAGGAGAGAGAGGAGAGAGAGGAGAGAGGGAGAUGGAGAGAGGAGAGAGAGAGAGAGAGAGAGAGAGAGAGGAGAGAGAGCGAGAGAGAGAGAGAUGGAGAGGAGAGAGAGAGGUUCAGGCUCUCAUCAGUCACAUCUCGCGGAGGGAGGGUGAAGCCGCUGCCUCGGAUCUCUCCGGUAACGGAGACAGUGGACGACACUGACUCACGCUGCACAUUUCAGACUCCACCUGACCCGCAUGAACCUGACGAACCGACAGGAGGAGGACGAUGGUGAAGACAUAACAACAACAAAACAAGAAACUUCCUCUCGUUGUGGGGUUUUUUUUUUUUUUGAGGAGGAGGAGCUGGGGACUGUUUUCAAUCCUCUCUGUGGUUCGGGCAUCAACUCAAGUCAGCAUGCGUAUCGUAGACCCGUCAACAGCAGACAUGGCGGGUGAGUUGAGUUGUGUCGUUGGUGACGGGACAUGGUUUCGCCACCUCUUUAUCCAGUAGAAGAAAAAAGAAAAGCGCGGAGGAGACAACUUCGUUUGCGCCCGCUGUUUUCAUCCUUAAUUCUGUCGAGCAUCAUCCGACCCCACUCCUCCUCCUCCUCCUCCUCCUCUUCACCUGCGAAAACAAGAGCCACCGAGGAGACAAGACAUUCGCGGUCACAGGGAAUCAAAGGUUCGCUCAACGGCAGCAGAGGAUCGGACUCUUCGCAGGGAUGCUACUCCGGCACCGACACUACUAGACGGUCCAAAACGCCGCUGCCAAUAUGUUCAGGAGAGGUUACGGCGGGGUGGAGUUACUGUUGGUGCUGUGUGGCCUAGAUCUGUCUCUGCCCUGCCCUCGCCACUGCAUCUGCUACACAUCGCCCAGCACCGUCUCCUGCCAGGCCCACAACUUCCAUGCCGUGCCCGAGGGCAUCCCCGCCCAGAGCGAGCGCGUGUUCCUGCAGAACAACAAGAUCCAGCGGCUGCUCCGCGGCCACUUCUCGCCCACCACCACCAUGUUGUGGCUUUACUCCAACAACAUCUCCUACAUACAACCGUCCACCUUCCACGGCUUUGACCGCUUGGAGGAGCUCGACCUUGGGGACAACCGGCACCUGAAGGCGGUCGCGUCAGACACCUUCCUGGGCCUGGGUCGGCUACAUGCCCUGCACCUAUACCACUGUGGCCUGAUCAGCCUGCCACCGGGGAUCUUUUCGGGCCUGCAUAAUCUCCAGUAUCUCUACCUACAGGACAACCAGCUAGAGUUCCUGGAGGAUGACCUGUUCAUUGACCUCCUGAACCUCAGUCAUCUCUUCUUGCAUGGCAAUCGACUAUGGAGCCUUCGUCAGAACACUUUCCGUGGUCUGGGGGUCUUAGACCGUCUACUUCUGCACCAGAACCGAAUCCAGUGGGUUGACCGCCAGGCGUUCCAUGACCUGCGGCGCCUCACCACCCUCUACCUGUUCAAUAACUCCCUGACCGAGCUAGCUGGUGCCAGUCUGACUCUACUGCCGGCCCUGGAGUACCUACGACUGAACGACAACCCCUGGGAGUGUGACUGCAAGGCCCUGUCGCUCUGGGAUUGGCUGCGGAGGUUCAGGGGCUCCACCUCCUCACUGAUGUGUGUUUCCCCACCGGAGCUGGCAGAGAAGGACCUGAAAACGCUGAAGAAGGAGGAGCUGCCCAGCUGCUUGUCCAGCGAGGGUCAAGCACACAGUGCCCCAGAUCGGGAGGUAGAUCACGGAGAGUCUUUGAACCACCUAAAUCGUCCCAGAAACCAUCAUAACCACCAUCAGCGGCCGUACUUGCCCCACGGGGACCAAUACAGCCUGCCGUCACCUUCACCGCUGCCACGGCCGCCUAAGGGAGGCCGCAGAAACUGUACCCGCCGGGGUCGCAAGGCAAAGGGGGGUAUCAAUGAGGUGGAGGUACUACAGGAGGGGGGUGACAAAGACUAUACCCCAAAUGGAGGCAAAUAUGACCUGUCUGCGACUGCAAGGAGGAAGAACAAGUGCACCCCCAGGACUUCUGUUGGCCCACCAAGUGGGGUCCAGAGAGCUAAUAAUAGAGCGGGGUCGCACCUCGCAGGUCACACUUUCUGUUUCUCACCAGCUCUGCUGCUGUCGCUCAUCUCUGUAAUCCUACGUUGAGGAGGGAGACGCACACUUUUGUGCUGGUGAUGCAUCUCAAUGAUUCACCCCCAUGAAAACCCCCGCCCUGGCUCUUGAACUGAGGCAUGUGUGCAUCACCAUGUGUGUACAUGAUUGUGUAUAAAGAACAUUAUCAAAUAUCUACUGUCGGAGUAUCCCUGAGGUAUGAAGGCAGGGAUCACGAUGAGUCAUAAUCAAAACAUGGAAGUCAGGGAAAACUAUUUAUCCCAUCGCUUUGAUGAUGUCACCAAGGGGAACAACAGGAAACCUUUGCAUUUGUCUCUGUGGCAUCAAUUGUUUCACUGAAUUCAUGCAGUUAUGGAACUGUACAGCCACACAAAACAAGAAGCCAAUGAUUCAUUGACAUAACAGCAAGAACAACACACAUAAUGGAUCAAAACAUGCAGGUUUUUUUAGGCUUAGUCUCCGUGUGUAGCCCCCUUGCCACAGUGGUGGUCUCUCAGCGCAGCCUUCAUCUGCCACUCGCCACUAACACUUGACACAAAGACACAAUCAUGACAGUCACACUUCUCACUCAACAGCACCUUAAGAUGAAGAAACAAAAUUCUGCACAACACAAUCGGCAGUGAAAUGAGUCAUCGCAUGGCGUGUCAGCGGUAAAAACUAUAAUUACUAUAUUGUCUACUCAUAAAGUGGUUUUACUUAAGUGUGUCAACGGCAGGGUCGACUCACUUUAAUCUGUAUACUUGGUUUUAGUCCAAACUCCACUGAACCACUGCGCUUGUGACACAUUAAUAUAAAAAAACAAAACGUUUCCACUCUGAACGCUGUUCGUGUUAAUUUGCCCAUGCGUCCUUAUCCAGUGAAAAAGCCAUUCUGAACUAACCACUCAUAAUAUGAGCCAACUUGUCACAGCCAGUGUAAAUGAGUGAGUGGAUGAACACACAGGUACAUACAAGUGAAGAUGUCCGUGUUACUGCUCGUAUGACUGUGUGUCCACCGACGAAACAACACUAAAGCCAUGCGGGUGGAAUGAAGCUAGAUAGCAAGAGUGCCUAGUGAGAGCCAGAGGCCAGUGAGGACAAACCGCGCAGAGAGACGUUUAACUCCACUCUUCGACCUCGUUGGCUACAAAAUGCAGGCCUCGACGAGCCUGAAACGUCUGAAAGGGUCGACUCCCAUGCAGGCCAAGGAAGAGCUGAGGCCCGAGCCCGGCUCGCAGAACUUCAGACUUCCCAGGAACUUGUAUGCACUUUCCUUUGUAAUGCUCUGGAGGUUUAACGUGAAAUAUCCAUAUCUUAGAUCCUUCAAGCAAAGACAGUCCAAUCCAUGCAGCGACAGAAGGAUUUCAAAAGCCUCGAUCAGGGAAGAGCGCAGCUUCGCGUCACAAAAAUCGCAAUAUUUGUCAACGCGGUGGUCCGAUCAAUUGCCGUAACACGGACGACGCGAGCAGUUAAGAACCUGCGGUGCUCAUCGCGGGGCACAGGGGACUGACAGACGCCUGCGGAGUUUCCAGCUUUGUCCUUUCUUCUGUGUUGAGCACACUCCCCCGGUCGGACGGACUUCAAGCCCUGGAGUGGAGUGGAGGUGUGGAUUUUUAAUGCUGCUGCGUACGAGCGAAAGCCCUUUUUCUGAGUGUCCGGAUUCUUCGUGUCGGAAAAAAAAAUGGCCGAGAAGGACAAAGGACAAAGAGGACUGUGUGGGAACGGCGCCCUGAGCCAUGAACUGGAGCAGUCACCCAUAACGAAGCCCGAUCACCUUCACAGCCUUCCUGUACCACUGCCCCCCCCCCCCAGCCCUCGGCUUCCGACCCCCUCAGGAGCGGAGCACCACAGAUGCCGUCCAGGCUCCGACUCUGCACAUGAACUACUUCGGAGUAACUCACCAAAACGUCUCAAGCGCUCCAUCACCAUGUACAGACGCACGCGGGCCACCCAGGUACCCCGGCUUGCCUGUAAUGCUAAAAAGUCUCCUUAUUCCUCGUGGCAUUACAGAGUCGUUUGAAUUUCAAAGAAACAAAAAAACAAAAAAACAAAAAAACAACAACAACUCUCCUUCUCCGCACAAGACGACGCGGCUGAAAGGAUCAAAUCAUGACAUGCUGAGGAAAAAAAGCACAAAGAGUUUAUUUUGGUUUGGUUUGCUAGCAACCUGAAAAAACGCCGCGUUUUUUUGGGGGAUGGGAGUCCGAUCAGCGGGGGCCACGUCCGCGCCCUGCUUGUGUGUUUGUUCGCUGCUGAGUCCCGCCUUUUCAUGUCUAUCUAUCUAAAUGUCGGGGGGCGGACGGACGGACGGACGGAUGGACGGACGGACGCCUGCCACCGGAGUCGUCCUGCCGGCGUGUAGGAUUAGGGCCCCCCCCCCGCUGGUGAAACUUGUGUGUGCUGCAGGUGAUGUGAUUUGUGUCUGUUUAUUCUCGUCAGGACGACCCUUUUUGUUUUUUGUAAAAAGGAAAAAGAAAAAGAAAAAGAA